CAUGCAUGCAGUAGUACUAGGGAAUUAAAAAAAAAAGUGGUUGAAAAAAUCAGUUCUACAGACACAGCAGCCGGCGGUUGGAUAAUGCGAGCCGUGACGUCACCAGUGACGCGAGACGAGUUGCCGUUGGCGCGUAGCGGGCGCAGCAUUAUUUUUCUCCAGGACAAAUCUGUCGCGACGCAAAUGGAGUACCCCACUACAGGUUCAGGCACACAUGAAGCUGCCUGCCUCCAAUGACUCCAGUGCAUCAUCUGUUCGCUAGUCCAACAGCCCAGCCUCUCUGCGGAUCGAGCAGAAGCUCACUGGUCAGUGGCGCAGAACCGCCGCUCCCCGGCCGAGCACGCACACGGCACACUCGGCGAUGGCCGGCGGCGUCCCCGGCCGGGAGGCUCGGCGCCGCGCGCUGGUGUUCCCGCUGCCGUUCCAGGGCCACAUCGACCCGAUGAUGCACCUGGCCGGCGCGCUCCACGCCCGGGGCCUCGCAGUCACCGUGCUCCACACGCGCUUCAACGCGCUGCGCCCCGCGCGCCACCCGGAGUUCCGCUUCGUCGAGGUCCCCGACGGCGUGCCCGCCGACGUCGCCGCGGCGGGCCGGAUCAUCGACGUCAUCCUCGCCAUGAACGCCGCCAUGGAGGCGUCGCCGGCGGGCGUGCGGGCCGCCCUGGCGUCAGCGAUGCUCGCGGGCGGCGAGGAGGAGCAGGAGGCGGAGCGGCGGCCCCGCGGCGCCGCCGCGUGCCUCUUCAUCGACGGCAACCUCCUCGCCGUGCAGCGGGUCGCCGCCGCGCUCGGGCUGCCCACGCUGGUGCUGCGCACCGGGAGCGCCGCGUGCUUGAGGUGCUUCCUCGCCUACCCCAUGCUCCAUGAAAAAGGAUUCCUGCCUCCCCAAGAGUCAAACCUCUACACGCCGGUGCCGGAGCUGCCGCCGCUGCGGGUGAAGGACCUCUUCUUCUCGCCGGUCAGCAACCACGAGAAGGUCCGCGAGGUCCUCGCCCGGAUCACCGAAUCCGUGCGGAACUCCUCGGGCGUCGUCAUCAACACGUCCGAGGCUCUGGAGGCCGCCGAGAUGGAGCAGCUUCGCGGCGAGCUCGCCGGCGACGGCCUCCCGCUGCUGCUCGCCGCCGGCCCCCUCCACAAGCUCUCCUCCCGGAGCGCCGGGAGCAGCCUGCUGGACCAGGACCGCAGCUGCAUCGCGUGGCUGGACACCCGGCCCCCCGGAUCGGUGCUGUACGCGAGCUUCGGCAGCCUGGCGGCCAUGGAUCCCGGCGAGUUCCUGGAGGUGGCCUGGGGCCUGGCAGACAGCGGCCACCCCUUCCUGUGGGUCGUCCGCCCCAAGCUCGUACGGGGCUGUGACAGUGUGCAGCUACCUGAUGGAUUUGAGGAUGCUGUCAAGGGUAGGGGCAUGGUGAUCCGGUGGGCCCCGCAGCAGGAGGUGCUGGCCCACCGGGCGGUGGGCGGGUUCUGGACCCACGGCGGGUGGAACUCGACUCUGGAGGGCGUCGGCGAGGGGGUGCCGAUGAUCUGCCGGCCGGACGCCGUGGACCAGAUGAUGAACGCGCGGUACGUGCAGGACGUCUGGGGUGUGGGGUUCGAGCUGGAAGGCGAGCUGGAGAGGGGAAGGAUCAGGGAUGCUGUGAGGAGGUUGAUGGAGGGGGAGGAGGGAGCUGAGAUGAGGGAGAGGGCGAAGGUGCUGAGGAGGAAAGUAGCAGACUGCUUGGAGAGCUCUGGGUCUUCUCAGAUCGCCAUGGACAAGUUGGUUAGCUACAUAUUAUCUCUGUGAAAUUCUGUAGCUACAUAUUAUUCUUGGAGAUUAAUGGCUGAUAUUCUUAGGCCUAAGGCUUUUAAUCGUCGAUGAACAAUUCGUGUUGAUUCUGAUACUCUCUUUUUCUAGUAGCUGCUUGUAGCAGCUUCUGUUUUCCUUUAUUUUCUUUCAAAUAAUUUCAACUUAUUCCUGAAAAACUUAGAAUAUGUAUCGUAUUGUUAAUAUCUCAAAAAUAAUUUUGUCAUCUGAUUCAA